AUGGUUUUAGAUUUUAUUUUUAUAUAUUUACUUCUAAUCAUUAACAAUAAAAAUGCCUUAUCAUUGGCAGUCAAAAAUAAACAUUCAAAAUUAAAUCCUUUCAAAGAUAUGGGUAUUUUUACAGAUAAAGAAAUUGAAAUUUAUCAGGGAGCAAAUAUAUAUGAAAAUCCUCCUCACAUAUAUGCCUUGAUUGAUAAUAUAUAUAGAACAAUGGAUUCAGAGAAUCAUCAAUGUAUUAUAAUUUCAGGUGAAUCAGGAGCUGGAAAAACAUUCAUAAAUAAACAGUUAAUAACUUAUAUUUCAAAAGUUUCAGGAGGUGGAAAAAAAGUUCAGAAGGUUAAAGAUAUCAUGCUUCAGUCAAAUCCACUAUUAGAAGCUUUUGGAAAUAGUGCAACUUUAAGAAAUUGGAAUUCCUCACGUUUUGGUAAAUAUAUUGAGAUACUAUUUAAUAGUGGUCAACCGGUUGGAGGCAAAAUUACUAAUUUAUUAUUAGAAAAAAGUCGUGUCGUCCGCCAAAUCAAAGGAGAACGUAAUUUCCAUAUUUUUUACCAAUUAUUAUUUGGAUGUGAUGAAAGUGUAAGACAAAAUUUUGGAUUGACUAAUGUUGAGUAUUUUAAUUAUUUAAAUCAAAGUGGUUUGUCAAAAAUUGAGGGAACAGAUGAUAGACAGGAGUAUGAAGAAACAAUGAAAGCAAUGGAAAUAAUAGGAAUACCAACUGAAAUUCAAUUGCAAAUUUUACAAUUAUUGAGUGCUAUACUUCAUAUUGGUAAUAUUGAAUUUGCUGAAGAAAAUAAUUAUGCUAAGGUAUUUGAUCAACGAUAUUUAGAAUUUCCUGCAUUUUUACUUGGAUUACCUUCAAAUGAAAUUGAAAAUAAAAUUACUCAAAGAAUUAUGGAAUCAAAAUGGGGUAAAACAACUGAACAAAUUAAGGUAACUUUAAAUGUGGAACAAGCCAAACAUACAAGAGAUGCUCUUUCAAAAACUAUGUACUCAAGAUUAUUUGAUUAUCUAGUAAAAUAUGUUAACCAAGCACUUUUUGUUAGUGAAGUACAGAAAUCAUCUUGUUCAAUUGGAAUUUUAGAUAUUUAUGGUUUUGAAAUAUUUAAUCAAAAUGGGUUUGAACAAUUUUGUAUUAAUUUUGUUAAUGAGAAAUUACAACAAAUUUUUAUUGAAUUAACAUUAAAAGGAGAACAGGAAGAGUAUGUUUCAGAGGGAAUUCAUUGGACACCUAUUGAAUAUUUCAAUAAUAAAGUUGUAUGUGAUUUAAUUGAAUCAAAACGCCCUCCAGGUGUAAUGUCUAUUCUGGAUGACAUUUGUUCCCAAGUCCAUGGACAAUCUGAAGGUGUUGAUGAAAAAUUUUUAACCAAACUUACUGAUCAAAUGAGACAACAUCCUCAUUACAUUGAAGGAGCACAAUCUUUUAUCAUAAAACAUUAUGCUGGUGAUGUAAAAUAUGAAAUAAAUGGUUUCUGUGAAAGAAAUAGGGAUGUUUUAAAUCAAGAUUUAAUUCAAUUAAUGCAAAUGUCAGACAUUGAAUUUUUCAGAUCAUUAUUCCCUGAAGAUGUUUCAACAACUGGUGCAAAGACAAAACCUACAAGUUUUUCUUUAAAAAUUAAAACACAAGCUAAACAAUUAGUUGAUUCAUUGAUGCAAUGUACACCACACUAUGUACGAUGUAUUAAACCAAAUGAAUCAAAGAAAGCAUUAGAAUUUGAAAAUGAAAAAGUACUCCAUCAAGUACAAUAUCUUGGUUUAAAAGAAAAUAUAAGAGUUAGGAGGGCAGGUUUUGCCUACAGAAAUGGAUUUGAUAGAUUUUUAUGGCGAUAUGCCAUAUUAACUAGUCAAACAUGGCCAAGAUGGAAUGGUAAUCCUAAAAAAGGUUGUGAAAUUAUUUGUAAUUCAUGUGGAUUGGAAAAUGAUCAAUUUCAGUUAGGUAAAAGUAAAAUUUUUAUAAAAAAUCCAGCAAGUUUAUUUUUACUUGAAGAAAUGAGAGAAAGAAAAUAUGACAAAUAUGCUAGAGUUAUUCAAAAAGCAUUAAAAAAAUUUACUGCUGUUAAAAGGUACUUGAAAAUGAAGGAAGAGGCUAGUUGUAUAAUGUAUGGAAAAAAAGAGAGAAGAAAAAAUUCAAUUAAUAGAAAUUUUGUUGGUGAUUAUGUUGGAUUAGAAUAUAAACCAGAGUUACAAACUUUUGUUGGUAGAAGAGAAAAAAUUGACUUUGCAGCAACCUUAAAAAAGUAUGACAGAAAAUUUAGGACAUCUGAAUUGGAUGUACUUGUUACUUCUAAAGAAAUACUUUUUAUUGGAAAAAAAAUAGAAAACAAAGGAGUUAAUAAAGGAAAAAUGAUUAACAUUGAAAAAAGGAGAAUUCCUUUUGCUGAGAUAGAAUUUAUUGGUUUAAGUCCAUUUCAAGAUAAUUUUAUUAUUAUUCAAGUAACUAAUGAUUAUAGUAGUUUAAUAGAAACACCUCUAAAAACAGAAAUGAUUACUGCAAUUGAAAAGAGGUAUAAAGAAAGAAUGAAUGGAAGAAAUUUACCAUUAAUAUUCAAACAUAGUUUUGAAAUAAAAUUAAAAAAACUUCGAUUUGUUGGUGCUGGAACAAGGAUGGUAAAUUUUGCCUUAGAUAAUACAAAUGGUGACAAUUGUACAUUACAAAUUUCAAGUAAAUCUGUUCUAAUUUCUAUUGGAUCAGGGCUACCAAAUACAACAAAACCAACUUUAUUAAAAGAAGUUUCACCAAAAAGAAAGGGUAAUUUAAAUCAUUCUAAUGAAGAUUUCAAUCAAAAUUCUAAAAAUCAAUUACAUGUCAUUGAUAAACCCUAUGCUCAUCUUUAUACAGUUACAAAUAAUUCUAGUAAAGAAGUUGUACAACCUCCAACCAGGCCACCAAAACCUGCCAUAGCGGCAAAACCUAAAAUUACUUAUGUAAAAGCACUAUAUCCAUAUGAAGCACAGGAUACAUCAGAGUUAACAUUUGAAAUUGGUCAAAAAAUUCAGUUAAUUGAAAAACAUGUUUCUCAAUGGUGGUUAGGAAGAAUACCGGGAAAUGGAGGGAAAACGGGAUUAUUUCCAGCUAAUUAUGUUGAAGAAUUGCAGUAG